GGGUCUGCAGAGGUGAGCCCAGCCACCUCCCAGAGGAAGAGCCAGGCCACGGCCCGGCCGGCUACAGCCGCGGUAGCCAGGACGCCGGAAACGCGCACCUGGGAAGAAUGCUCGGGGACCAAAUGCGGUCGUGAGAACCUACACAAGCCUUGCUCCGCUCCUAGAGCGCGCUGUCACAGAGUUAGCGACCUGAACGGAAGACUCCCUCCGCGCACGCCUGCUGUCCCGCUCUUGCUCGGCUCCCGGGAGCCUAGGCCCGCGAAAGUUCCGGCCUCGCGGCAGGCAAUGGCCCCGCCCCCUCGCCGUCCACGCCCUCGCCCUGCUGGUUGGGGGCGGGGCGAGGAACAGCGCAAGCGCCGUGACAUGCGCCCGGGCUGUUGCUUUGGGAAUCUCUUGGUGGUCUCAGCCCGACCCGGGUUCCCGCACGUUGUUCAGCUAGUCGGCUAGCCGAGCUCUCUGCGUCUUUCUCCACUUGCAAGUGUUUGCGGAUGCGGUCCUCCUGCUGAGGAUUUCACCCUACAGUCACGUCUUUGGAGCUAUGGCUGUCGCCUUUCUGCAGCGCCAGGCUCUGCCCGGCCCUCAAAAUUAAAUUUAGAACUCUUCUGUGCAAUGCGGUUGGGGAAAACAACCUGCUUGCGGAGGUUUUAGACGUUGGCCUGCAGAAGACGCACUUUCUCUACGUCUCUAUGGCAGGAAGUCAUUAUGUGACUAAUACGUUUUCAGCAGAUUUCCUCUGAUUUACCCUGAAGUGUAUGUGAGGAUGAUGUGCACUGCCAAGAAAUGUGGAAUUAGGUUCCAGCCUCCGGCUAUUAUCUUAAUCUAUGAGAAUGAAAUGAAGGGGAAAAGUCGCCAGCGCAUUAUGCCAGUCCGAAACUUUUCCAAGUUUUCAGAUUGCAGCAGAGCUGCUGAACAAUUAAAAAAUAAUCCACGACAUAAGGAUUACCUGGAACAAGUAUCCAUGAGGCAGCUAGAGAAGUUAUUCAGUUUUUUACGAGGUUACUUGUGGGGACAGAGUUUGGCAGAAACAAUGGAGCAAAUUCAACGGGAAACAACCAUUGAUCCUGAGGAAGACCUGAACAAACUAGAUGACAAGGAACUUGCCAAAAGGAAGAGCAUCAUGGAUGAACUUUUUGAGAAAAAUCAGAAGAAGAAGGACGACCCAAAUUUUGUUUAUGACAUUGAAGUAGAGUUCCCACAGGAUGAACAACUACAGUCCUGUGGCUGGGACACAGAGUCAGCUGAUGAAUUCUGAUACCCCACACUAGAAAUAAUAAUAAUAAUGACAAUUGGGUAGCAGAAAAUCCAUAUUUAUACAAAGAACAUAGAUUGGGUUUAGAAAAAUCUGUAGAGAACACUAUCCCUGUUGGGUUAUGUUUUGAUUGGCCAAGUUACUCUUCAAAACCAAGAUAUGCAGAACAUCUACUAUGUAGGUGCAUGUGGAAGAUAGAAAAAAAACAGAAUAUAGGACUCUGCCUUGAAGGAGCUUACAAUCUAAUUGGAAGUCAAAACCUUGUGAAAAGCUAAUUAUUGGUACUGGGCAGCAAAAAUAUUAGAUCCAAGUGCUUGGUAAAGGCUAGAGAGGGUCAGAACCUAGAUUAUUAAAGGGUAGAACAGCCAGGGAAGACUUUGUCCUUUAGGGGUAAGGUGGCACUUUGCCUGGCCAUGAAAUGGCAGCAUUUGGGUAGAAGCUUAUAUGGGAUUCUAUAGAUUAUAUAGAUUAGAGAAACCGGGAGGGAAAAAAAGGGGGGGAGAAGGGGGAUCAGUAAAGAGAUAGGAAUUAGAACAUUUUAUUUGAGGAGCAGUAAGGAAAUUAUAGUUUGAUAAGAUCAGAGGGCAUAUAUAGUUAUCAGGGGAUUAUCCUGUCUGCAUUGCUUCUAUAUGUGUUUAACUCUGGAGUAGAAGAGUACCCUGCAGAAUGCCAUGCACUUGCAAGUGGACGUAAUUGGAUGGACAGCAGGGGAGUUCUUCCCCCUCAGUAUCAGGAAAUAUAUGCUAAAGACAUCCUGAAACCCUGGACCUUUUCCCAUAAAUAAGAGGUUUGUUUGUAAAAUGGGAAAUCUACCUGUAACAAAUAAACAUAGGUACUGCCAGUUUAGGCCUAUUCAUGAGUUUGUAACUACAAAGAGAAGAUCUUUGUUGAACAAGGUUAUAUAUGUACAAAUAUGUCUUUCUUCAUAAUAGAAUAUUAUUUAGGAGUUCCUGUUGUGGCACAGCGGAAACGAAUCUGAUUAGGAACCAUGAGGUUGCAGGUUCGAUCCCUGGUCUCACUCAGUGGGUUAAGGAUUCGGCGUUGCCAUGAGCUGUCAUGUAGUUUCCAGACAUGGCUCAGAUCUGGCGUGGCUGUGGCUGUGUCGUAGGCUGGCGGCUGUAGCUUUGAUUAGACCCCUAACCUGGGAACCUCCAUAUGCUGCAGGUGUGGCCCUAAGAAAAAGAAAAAAAAAAUUAUUUAAUUUGUAGAGAUCUUUUCUGCAAGGAAAUUACUAGUAAAUUGCAGUUUCAUUAAAACUGUAAAAGUUAUUCAUUCUUUCUACCUGUCCAUCCCUACUCUCUUUACCAUUAAAAGCCUCAUUGAAGAAAUCAUUCUUAUAAUGAUGUCACCAAGGACUUAAGAUGGCCAUGUCUCAAAGGUAUAUUUGCCAAAGGAAGCAAAAGAGUUUUUAGAACUGGAAACCCAUAACUACACAGUGUUUCACGGUGUAGAUAUAGAUGAUAGAUUUUAAGAGUUGACCUUAGGUUGUUUUCCCCUUUCACUGUUAUAAACAAUGCCACAGUAAAUAAUCUAGUACAUUGCCUAUUUUCCAGGACUAUCAAUGAUGCCUGGAGGGGACUUGCUGGGUAUGUGCAUCCUGAAGUUUAAUAAGUAUUGUUAGAUUGUCCUGCAAAGCGUUUCAUUCAUUCAGUAAUGUACUUGCUGAGCCUGUACUGCUAUGGAGUCUGGGGAUCCAGCAGUAUGUACAACAAAGCUUUUGCCUUUACAAGGUGUGCCUUUACAGAGUUUCCUUGUAAGGUCUACUUGGAGCAGAGAGAUGACAAACAUACAUAGAAUAACGUCAUAUGGGAGUUCCCAUCGUGGCUCAGUGGUUAACAAAUCUGGCUAGGAACCAUGAGGUUGUGGGUUCGAUCCUUGGCCUUGUUCAGCGGGUUAAGGAUCCGGUGUUGCCACGAGCUGUGGUGUAGGUUGCAGACACGGCUUGGAUCUGGCAUUGCUGUGGCUGUUCCCUAGGCUGGGAACCUCCAUAUGCCAUGGGAACGGCCCUAGAAAAAAAAAAAAAAAUAAUAACGUCAUAUGAUAAGUGCUUAGAAUUAAAAACAGGGUAAACGGAGUUCCCGUCAUGGCGCAGUGGUUAACGAAUCCAACUAGGAACCAUGAGGUUGCGGGUUUGGUCCCUGCCCUUGCUCAGUGGGUUAACGAUCCGGCGUUGCCGUGAGCUGUGGUGUAGGUUGUGGAUGCGGCUCGGAUCCCAUGUUGCUGUGGCUCUGGUGUAGGCCAGGGGUGCCAGCUCUGAUUGUACCCCUAGCCUUGGAACCUCCAUAUGCCGAGGGAGCGGCCCAAGGAAUAGCAAAAAAGACAAAAAAAAAACCAAAACAAAACAGGGUAAAGGAGAAUGGUGGUCUAGGCACCAUUGUUUUUGAUAGGGCCUUCAGAGAAGGCCUUGCUGAAGACGUGACAUUUGAGCAAAGGCCGGAAGGAGGUAAGGAAAACUAAGGUGCAUUUCAGAGGUUGUGGAGAAAGGUAUGCCCAUAGGCCUCCAGAACUGGAAUGUGCUUGGUAUAUUUGAGGAAGAUUAAGGAGGCCACUGUGGCUAACACAGAUAGAUCAAGCAAAAGAAAAAUUGUAGGAGAAGAAGUUGGAAUGUAUUUUACCUCCACGGUACUUACCCUGAAGGUGGUGGCAAUUUAAACUAUUGGCGUUAUGUAAGAGUAUCUUUUCCCCACAUGUUCAUCAACAGAACGUAUUAUCAAACUGGAUCUUUGUCAAUUUUAUAAUCUAAUAAUGGUAUCUCAUCAUUUUAAUAUGCAUUUCUUUUAUGAGAGACUGAGUAUCUUUAUAUAUGUAUUUUAUAAGUCAUUUUUUGUGAAAUAAAAAUCUUAUGUUCUCUGCUCAUU